AUGAGCUCACGCGAUGGCCGGCCCAUGGAGGAUCAACAGACGGGCCGGGCAGAUUCGGACGAAUCCUUAGCUACGGAAGCUGCAAUUGUUGAAGUGGAUGAGGAUUGUAUGCUGGCUUCACCAUCUGCGUUCGCGGCUUGUCAGUGGAGAAAACCUCAUCACAACACUUUCGUCUCAAUCUCCAUCUACUCUUUAUCAUAUUCUGGUUGUGGAACAAGAAGACCCAUCAACCCUUCUUUGCCCUUGCCCGCAAUUUCGACCCGUAGGACUCGCUGGUACAUGGCGACUCGAGCACAGUCAACCCUGUCCGAGACAAAGCCGGAUAAUACAUCUCCAGUUGCUGUCCGAGUUUCUGCAGACAUUCGUAAGAUCAAUUUCUGUCAAUGGUGUGGUGGUCCAACAAAGCAUGAAAUUCCUGAUGGGGAGGAGAAGAUGAGAGCUAUUUGCACUCUCUGUGGAAAAAUUACUUACGAAAAUCCAAAAAUGUUUCUUAUCUUUAAAAAGGGUCUCUCGCUUCAAAUAAAAAAGUUUCUCAUUCAAAGAUAUUUGGAAUUAGCAAUCGUUGUGGGAUGCCUCAUUGAAGUAUUGAGCAUGAUAACAAGGUCCUGCUUUGCAAGCAUAAUAUUGAACCAUCUUAUGGUCUUUGCUGCAGAAGGGGCAAUGAGGGAAACCUGGGAGGAAGCACGUGCAGAAGUGGAAGUUCUGUCGCCCUUUGCUCAAUUGGACAUGCCUCUUAUUGGCCAAACUUACAUCAUUUUCUUAGCAAGGCUGAAGAAGCCGAACUUCUCACCAGGCCCAGAAUCAUUAGAAUGCCUUCUUUUUGCACUUGAGGGUAUACCUUUCUUUGGCAUUCUCAUCAAUCAUGUUGAGGAUUUGAAGACUGGAAGGUUGAAGUUUCACUAUGGUACCAUCAAUAAAAGAGCUGGAAAAGAAGCCUCUUUUUCUCACUGCUGUGGUUGUGGAAACUGGCAGAAUUUAAAAAGUUACUCAUAUGGUUAA